AUGGCGGAGUCGGCGUCGGCUCGGCACAGGAGGAAGCGCCGCGCCACCCCUUUGGCUUCUCCCUCGCCGCCCCCACCAGAGACAGAGGCCGAGGAGCUCUCACUCCAGUCCGUGAUGGCCGCCCUGCAGGCCGUGGAGAAGAAGAUGGAGUCCCAGGCCGCCCAGCUGCAGAGCCUGGAGAAGCGCAUGGAGUCAGCCGAGAAGAAGCUGGCCGACUUCGAGAAAACGGCCGUGGAGUUCGGGAACCAGCUGGAGGGCAAGUGGGCCGUGCUGGGGACCCUGCUGCAGGAGUACGGGCUGCUGCAGAGGCGGCUGGAGAACAUGGAGAACCUGCUGAGGAACAGGAACUUCUGGGUCCUGCGGCUGCCCCCGGGCAGCACGGGGGAGGCCCCCAAGAUGCCCAGGUCACUCGAGAACGAUGGAGUCUGCUUCUCGGAGCAGGAGUGGGAGAACCUGGAGGACUGGCAGAAGGAGCUGUACAGAAACGUGAUGAUGAGCAACUAUGAGACGCUAGUCUCUCUGAAGGUCCUUGGGCAGCCUGAAGGAGAAGCGGAGUUGGGUACAGAGAUGCUGGGAGACUUGGAGGAGGAAAGCCUUGGUGGUGUUCACCCAGCAGACGGGGUUGUGAUUAAGCAGGAGGUGGAGUACCCGCCGGAACGCUCUGAGGACCUUCCGGGAGAGCUCUCGGGGCCCGCGGAGGAGCCGGCCUUCCUGGGCCCGGAGCAGACUGAGCUCUGGAACACGCAGGGUGGCGCUGUCCUCUUGGAACCAGGGGCUGGGGACGCCCAUCCAGAGGAGCCCGCCGAGGGCAGCAGGGACCCUGGCAGUGACAGAAGUCUGGACUGCCCCCCGAAGCAGAAGUCCAAUAGGCCAGUGCCGCUGGCUCCGGAAUGUAACCCGGCCCUGAAGCUGAACAGGGAAGAUUUUGGCCCCUACGACUGUCCUGAGUGCGAGCUCAGCUUCCGCUGUGAGCAGCAGCUGGCCUAUCUGCGGGCCCACCCAUCGUGGGAGUCUUCCACCACCUCGGAGUCCGAGGAGGGUCUUAGGUCCAGGCCGCUGCUGAAGGCCUCGUCCAAGAAGGGGAAGCAUCAGUGUGACGUGUGCAUGAGGAGCUUCAGCAGCAAGGUGAACCUGGCCAACCACCAGCGCUGCCACUUGCAGGAGGGGCCCAGCGGUGGCCAGCGUGUCCAGGAGAGGUUCUCGCCCAACAGCCUGGUGGCCCUGCCCGGCCACAUCCCCUGGAGGAAAAGCCGGAGUUGCCUCAUCUGUGGUUACUGUGGCAAGAGCUUCAGCCACCCAUCAGAUCUGGUGCGGCACCAGCGCAUUCACACGGGCGAGCGGCCCUACACCUGCCCCGAGUGUGAGCGGAGCUUCGUGCAGAAGCAGCACCUCCUGCAGCACCAGAAGAUCCACCAGCGGGAGCGUGGCACGCUGGCCUCGGAGCCAGGCAGGCCCAACGGCCUGCUCUAA